UUUUUUUUAUGUUGCAGGUGUGUGGACUAUCAGCCAUAAUGUUAACUUUUCAAGGUAAGAAUCUUUGGGAGAGACAAAAAGAACUCAACUUAAAAGUAAGAGAAGCAGCUCAACAAAAAGUAAAUUUUCAAGAUGUCAAAUCUGUACAGGAAUAUUCUGAUAUCGAUAGACUUUUUAAGAUAGACCUGGCUUCAAAAUAUAAAGACACGGAUUACUUUAUUGAUGUGCUGAAAUGCGGGGACAGCUUGUACAUAUCCAGGGCGCUGAAAUGGGAGUGGAUCUACGAGGAUGCUUACUCGCAUAUAAUCAAUCCAGACUAUCUACAUCACAACAUUUUUCCAACAAUGUCUUUUAAAAUGAAGAUAAAAACUUUGUCAACAAUAGCUAAACAUAUUCGAGAUGAGGCUAGAGCCCAACUUUUCUAUGAAUACUGUAUUAACACGAACAUGAAAAAUAAUGCGUACAAAUUUCUAAAGUUUUCAAGCAUUUCUUUCAAACAAGAAUUACUUCCUGAUUUCGUGGAACAUGACAGAGAUACUCAAAGUCACAUGGACAUGAUUGGCAAUUCGUUACUUUUAGCUGAUGUUUAUGGUGAAAAAUGUAGAGGCAUCAUUUCGGAUCUGUCGUAUUUGUACUCUGUUGAUGAUGUCGAGUACCUCAAACUUGUUGAAAAACACACAAAGAUAAAUGAUAACUACUACAACUUUUCCUAUAAAGAUGAUUCUCGUUUCGGCGGCAAAAUGUCAAGAAGUAUAUUAAAGAAACACAAAACGCGGAUACUCAAUAAUCCAUUACCAUAUUUAAUGGUACUAAAAGAAAGUGAGUUGAUAAAAUAUAGUUCGUCUGAUGAUGCAAGGGUAUUUGCUGUUACUCUUCUCCCGAAAGAGGUGGACCAAUUCUGGAGGACGAAUUAUUAUAAAACACACAAGCAUCUGAUCGAUUUAAUAAAAGCUGAGAGCAUUUAUGAAUUCGUCAAGCAAAUUUUCUCAGACAAAUAUCCAAAUGAAGACUUUGAAAUGACCAAGGAGUUUUAUGAGUCGAAGUACUAUGACCUUAUGACCGUUAAGGAGAGAGAAGCCUGGGCUUUGAUGCAUAUAGAGAAGAAAACGGAUGUGAUACCUGAAGAUGAGGAUUACCGGUGGUAUGAGUUUGUGAAUUUUCCGCAAGCAUUUGAAGAAAUAAAGAAGAAAAUAAGAAUAACUACAAAUGCAGAUAAAAGAUCGAACAUGUUGGAAACCUUAAUAAAAUCAGCAACGUCUCAAAACGAGUUGAACAAAUUAUUGAGCUACUAUUAUGAAAGACAUGUCAAUGAAAGAUCACAUCUAAAAAAUAGAUUCUUAAAAAUGUUCACUGAGGUUCAUUCAGUAUUUGAGUUAGACGGUGUAUGCUGGAGUGUGUUCGAUAAACUAUUGCACAGCCUUGACGUCUAUAAUUCCUGUUCCGGGGGAGGAUGGAACGAAUUUCUUUGCGAUUCCUUAGUAUAUCACAUCAUUAACAAAAUAUCUCUUUCAAAUAACUUAACUCAACAUUUGAAUAACAGAAGAUAUUUGGAUAGAAUAAAAGAACGCUCUGAUAUGUUUCCUGCAGACAAAAGGGAUCUUGUGUAUAAUUAUGUAUUUCAGUUUUUGACGGACAAAAUUAAGGGCUUUGAAUUAUUGGAUUAUACCGAGGAAGUAAAAAAACAAGUUCGAGGGUGUCUGGAGUUAAUGAUAAGAUGGAAACGAAACUUCAAGAAGGAUGGAGAAUUUCCAGAAAUUGCUUUAAAAUUCAUGAAACUAGAUUUCGAUACUUUUGAUGACAUAGUUAAUCCAAAACCUGUAACAAAAGAGAAAAAUAUAUCAGAAGGCUUUUUAAUAAGAUGUUUGAAACAAGACCCAACUGUCAUUUUGGAAAACUUUUCAUUAAUACAGAAAAAGGUCAAAUCGUCCCAUGAUUUUAGACUAAAUACGGUUUUAAAGAAAAUGAAAAUAUACUUUUCUAAUGACUUGGCAAAACAGUAUUUAGACUUGUGUAGAACAUCUCUGACAAAUAUUUCCUCAAAAGACGAUGUAAGGUAUGGUAUUAUAUUUAAUAGAAACUGUAUUUUUGCCAAUGUUUACGCAAUAUUUCAACUGGGAGAUGAACAUACAAAAACCGAGUUUAUGGAUAAACAUGCGCCAACAAACAGUAAAAUAGAAUAUAAGAAGAUAGACAAAUAUCUUAUGUACACCCAGGAAGCAAUUUGUCGAUUGCACUGUUAUUCCCGCCCGCCAGUGCCUCUCGCGAAAGCUGCUUUGUACCUGAAAGGGGACUAUGUACACUUGUCUAAUGACAUGUUCAACAUGUAUCUAAUGAAAUUAACUCCCAUUCCACGUUCGGAAUUAAUCAAGUUUUUAUUGGAAUCUCCAGUGUCCAUUCAGAAGAGGGGUUUGCGUUUAGCGUUUCAUGCAUUUGAAACUAAUAAAUUAAAAGACAUCGUUUCUAGCGUGUGGAAGAAAACAAAAAAUGUGUCAGUAAGAAGCAACCUCUACAUAUCGAUUGUGGAGAAAAUAAAAAGCGAAAAAAAGAAAUCCCAAUUGGAAUUAUUUGAACUUCUAAAAGAACUCACUACUCGUAUAUACCAGGAUGAUGAUGAGGACCUUUUCAAAUAUUUUACAGGCGACAAAAUACCUGAGUAUUUAAGGGGUGAAUAUUUGGAAACUGCUUGGAAAACGGUAUUAGCCUUGCCGGAAAACAAGGCAAAUAUUCAACGCAGAACCGAUGUUGCAAAGGCAAUGAUAUCAAACAUCGUUUUAAUAGAUGAAUCGCAUGCUGAAGCAUUGGUAUACGGUCACGUCCGUAAGAGGUUGUCGCAAGAAGAAUUGAGACCAGAAAAAAACUCUCACAUUGAAUCACUGAAUGAUGCGCUGUGGGACUUUGUAGCAGAAUACAUCGUAAACGUUGAUACUGAACUGAAACAAGAAAAGAGUUUGAAUGUGAUAAAACUAAUAGUAGAAGAAUGUUUUAAUCAUUGGAAUGAAACGCACAGCACGGAAAACUACGUUUAUCAAUUAUUUUUCAAAGAUUUUGUGACUAAACUUGAUUGUAUAAUUUAUUAUUACAGAACUACAGACUCGAGUAGGGUGAUUCGCAUAUUCGAAUAUUUGCUCGAAUCUUUUGAAAACAAGUUUGGAUUAAGAGAAAUGUACUCUUACUAUUGGGAUUGGAAGUUGUCGGUAAUAACAGGAACAGUUAUAAACGGCAGAGAUGAAUUCGACAAAGAAGUCCAUAUGAGUUUUGGUUCAGAACUAGGCAUGUUUGUAAAAUAUUUGAAGGAGAGGAAUUGCUAUUACAAUUCAUUCUUAAGUAAGAUUAUGGGGAAAAUAAAGCAAUUUAUACGAAUUUUAAAUAUUCGUAAAACCGAGUCAAUAACUGAAAAUGACUUGAAGGUGCUUAUAGCGUACGGUCUAACUAUUCAGGAAACACUGGAGACGUCGAUGCUGGCACUGCAUAUUUUGCCUCGGGACCUGUCGACUAUUUCUGUUGCCGGCAAUGAGUUGCAACAAGUGAUCAAGACAAUAAAAAAACAAGAUAAUGAAGAACUGAACGCUUUUAUGAACGAUAAGUUUAUAUACAGUGAUUGCAAAGUAAGGAAAAUUAUGAUCACGUAGAUGUUGGUUUAGUUGCGGUUCCCAGCUGUUACAGC